UUAGAAUCAAACUGCGCUUCAGUCUACCGCGUCCAGUUGUACGGUUUCUUUGUUUUUAUUUUUCUAAAUAAAUGUAACAAAACUGUGCAGUAAUUUAUUUUCGUCAUGAAGAAAGGAUACAAAGUAACCGAUGUAAAAAGGGAGAAGAAAAUAGGAGUAGCUGCCGAAAAUGUGGAGGAGUUGAUCUCGAAAUCAUGUAAAAAGUUAGGGUUCAAUGUCAGCUGCGCGGAUUGCCGGCUCUUCGUCGCGGAGGACGGGACGCAAGUGGAUGAUGACGACUAUUUGGCUACACUGCCUCCACAAACACUCUUUAUAUUAUUGAAAAAUACUGAAAAUAUGGUUACUGACUUUGACUACUACUAUGAAAUGAUCCGGUCGCAGAAGAAAGAGUACAUUGACACAGGGGCUGCUGCCAAGGAAUUCCUCAGCACUAACCUCAAGGAGAAGUUCAAGGUGUUCCAGAAGUACAUUGCAGCUGGUGAUGAUGCUAAGACUAUGCUCAGUGAGAGGGAACAGGAUCCUGGUUGGUUUGAAGGAUUAGAGCCAUCAGAGAAAACUAAAGAGCAGUCGAUGGCGAAACGCGUUAAAGAAAGGAUGCGGGGUUACUAUUACAAGACCAAGACAGCUCUUCAGUCAUCUGACAUCUACAUACAUUCGAGAAAUGGACGAGGUAAGAAACUCAUUGACCAGUUCCUAACUGAUCUGCGCAACAUACUUGACUCCCACAAGUACAAUGAGACAUACUUCAACCGCAAAGCCAAUAAAACCGCUCGUAUAUGCGACGAACGAGGUGUCUUCCAAUGUGGUGGCCUCUGGAGUGCGGACAAGUGUCUCUACGAAGGCGAACACGUCAUCAACCCAUACCGGAGCCGAGAAGAACGCAUCAUAUUCCAAACCUGGAAUCUUGACCAUAAGAUUGAGCUCUCACGAUCUAUAAUCCCGAAAAUUUUACAAGCAAUUGAUGGGUUGUAUAGUGGUGAUAUUAAGUGUAUGCUAUGUGAUAAAGGUUCUAAAGUGGGUGGGAUCGAAGCUGAUAGGUAUUUCCUGCAAAUAUUCACGCGGGAGAAUCUCAAGCUGGUCCACAUCGUAUGCCACUAUAAGGGGAAGCAUGAUGCAGAGUCUGGUGUGUACACACUCUGUAAGAAAUGCUAUGGAGGCCAAAGCAUUGAUUAUAAUUAAAUACCAAAUUAUUAAUUCUGAAUUUUCGGGUUUUAGCAAUUUUUGUAGAAUGGCAACACUGGUUUGUUGGUUUCAAGGAUAUUGAAUCUGGAUUUGAUUUAUCAUCAUAAUUAUUAUUGUAUACUUUCCAUUGAGUUAACAUGUUAUUUUUUAUUUUUAACGAGUUUAUUGCAAUCAGAAUUAAACUUUUAGGGUAUAAAACAUUAAUUUAAGACAUGCUUCCAUGAUUCCACAUGCAUUAUAGCCAAAUGGACAAUGGGCUAAGAACUUAAAUAUUUAUUUCUUAAAAACCUUAUAGAAAAUCAUGAAUUGAAUAUGUAAUUAUUAUAGAAAUAUAUUUAGCAUUGAAACGGCUAUGUUCACUAGAUUUCAUGUAGUCUUUGUAUAAAUUGUUGUUCCUUUUAUAAACAAUUUAAAACUUUUUAUUGUUAAUAUUUGCCCAGAGUAGGCGUUUCUAUUCCUUCAAUUGAUCUCCUUGCCCUUCAUGACAUAUUAUAAGUGUUAUACACCUUUAAUAAAAUCAUUAUUGAAUUUAUUUUUAACCAAAUAAUGUACGUAAUUUUCAAUGAAUUGUGAGAUCUCAGCCACGAUAAAAUGUUGAUGGUAAUAAUUAUUUAUUAGCCUUAUGGGUUUUGCAUACAGUAUAGGUUUUUUAAAAGUUUAUAAGAGCUUAAGGUGUAUGAAACAUUCUGUAGUUUUAAUUUUACUUGGUUUAAUAAAUUUAUUGUUUAGCAAUU